AUGGCCCUGCAGCCGCGUCCCUCGCCGGCUUGCCCGAGGAGUGAGGGGGCUCGGCAAUCUCCUUACGUGUACAACAUCCCUUCCGACGUGUUGGGGAAGUUCUGCGAGCAGAUGGACUGUUUGAAUAAUUAUGACUGGAUGCGCUUUGCAUCCAAUGUGAUAACUGAUCAGACUGAGCUGAGGAAAAUCAAGUGUCUGGAGAAGACAGGAAUCAGUAUAACGAGAGAGCUGAUGUGGUGGUGGGGAGUUAGACUUGCGACUGUCCAGCAGCUUUUGGAACUCCUGAGUGAGCUGCAGUUUUAUCGGGCAGCCAAAACCAUUGCAGAUUGGAUGUCACUUCCUCUGUCUGCUGAUUCCCUCAGGACUCCUUUAGAUUCUCCUCAGCAGCAGAACACAUCACUCCAUCCACAUGGAAACAGACAUGAAGACAUAAGAAAUGGGACAAAAAUCUCUUUACCGUCGAAUUCGGCACACUCAGAUCCUGUUUUGAAAGCAGACCCAGACUGUCCUCCUUUGAGUCUACCUCCAGCUUCCAUUGACCUUCCACAUUCUUUACAUUCAAAUCCUCCUGCUUCAUCAAGUGUUAAGGUGUGCAGUUCAUCUACUCCUCAGCAGGAAUCGCUUCAAAAUCUCCCUAGUAGGAGCCUCGUGUGGACCAAGGAUGAAGUUGAAACUGCCACUAAUGGUUUCAGUGAGGAGAACCGAAUUAAUGAAAGCAUGUUUGCUGAUGCUUACAGAGGCCAAAGGCAAAAUGCUCUGUAUGUUGUUAAAAGACUAAAAGAGAAGGAGUGUGCAAACCAGAAUCAGACACAAAGAUUUUUUCAUACUGAAGUGCAGAUCUGUUUUCGGUGCUGUCAUCAUAACAUUCUAAAUCUUCUGGGCUUCACUAUAGAAAGUGAAUUGCACUGCCUAAUCUACCCAUACAUGCAUAAUGGGUCACUGACUGACAGAUUACAGUGCCAGGGUGGUUCUGAACCAUUAACCUGGGAAAAACGCAUUAGAAUCGCUAUUGGACUUAUUCAAGCUAUUCAGUAUUUACAUAAUUUUGGAAUUCUUCAUGGAAAUGUGAAAAGUUCCAAUGUUUUGCUGGAUGCCAACUUUGUUCCAAAGCUUGGACAUUCUGGUCACAGAUUGCAACCUGUGGAGAAAAAAACUGAGAAUGGAGGGACAAAGACCAAAGUCAUGCAAGCUUCCCUUGCUUACUUCCUAGAAGAUUUCAUUAGGCAUGGGCAGCUAACUGAAAAAGUGGAUAUAUUCAGCUGUGGAAUAGUUCUAGCAGAGAUACUGACUGGCAUUAAGGCAAUAGAUGAAAGAAGGCAUCCCAUUUUCCUGAAAGAUGCCCUCCUUGAUGAAAUCCAGGUGGCCAAGGAACUAUCCUGCUCUAAGAAAGGAACCUUUGAAAACCUAGCUGCUAAAGAAAUAUGUCGCAAGUAUCAAGACAGGAAAGCACUCCACUGGCCGGCAACGUCUGCCAUUUGUUUGGCUACCGCGGCCUGUGUGUGUUUGCGGAAAAAGAAUCCUGAUAUGGCAGAGGUAAAUGCAUUUAUGGAAAUGGCAGAUCAUCAGUUACAAUAUCGGAAGAUGUCUGAAGGAAGAGAAUAUCCUGGACUGUCUCUCAACAUCCCUGAAGAAACCAACGAUGAACCAGCCAGCCCCUUCAAUGAUGGCUUUUCAGAUGACAAUUAUGAUGGCAGCAUGAAUGCUGAGUCGUUGAACUGUGUGGAUUUGUUACCUCCAUUGAUCAGAGUCAUGUCUCCUGAAACAUACUCUGAGCAGAGAUUGCGGGUCCCUUGUGAGUCCGAUGAAUCAAGUAACUUUUCUUGGGAUCCUAUGGGGGAUGUUGCAUACCAGCCACCAACCAAUGGCCUUCCAGGUCCAGAAAAUGUUUCCCCCAUAAUGCUUCAUGCAAAUGAUCCAGAAUACGAUGAUGAUGUCACAGCAAAAUCUGUAGUCUCAGAGAAACAUAUUCCACCUCAGGAAGCAGCUGUUUCUUCAGAAGGAACUUUCUUAAAUAUAGAAAAUUCUGGUGCUACCUGUUCUUCACAAGCAUCAGCCAAAGAAACUAUUAGGGAAAUAAAGAUCAACAAUCAAAAAAAGAAGAUGAUACAAGAUAUUUUACUGUAUAAAGAAAAAAAGCUCAACACUUGUGAACUUCUGAAUCUUAACUAAAUCAUCACCAAUGCCAUUUUCAGAAGAAACUCCUUUUUUGGCAUUAUCAGCUACAGUGAAAUGCAUUGGCCGAAGGGUUUCUGAGAACAAAUUGUAUUGAAUUGUUUUACUUUGAAGUUCACCAGCUGUCAUUCAGCCACGUUGUCCAGCUUGUAGGCAAGAUAGUAUUAUGCAUAUACAUUGUUUGAUUACUUCACUGUAUAAAUGACAAACAUUGUAUUUUAAGGUGAUAUGGAUGUUCUAUCACCUAUUGUCUGGUUUGUGAUGGCUCACACACGGGUAACUUGCCACCUAAUGCAGCAGCCAUCAAACAAUGACUAUGCAGGUGUGAAUCAGCCUUCCAUCUGACAAAAUCUACAUCAGGCAUUACUGGCUCUCCAUGCCUUAAGUUUGCUUACUGUCAGUCGCUUAAAAACAAUGGCACUCUUUUAUAAAGCAAAAGAACCCAAGGUGCCUGGUCAAAUACCUAAACAUUCCAGAAAACAUAGCAUAUUAGGGCUUAAGUUUACAUGAAGAAUGACCAAAAGUGCUUGCUACUUUUGCAAAGUUAUUUAAAAGUAUAUGCCUGACUUCUGUACAGUUUAUUAUGCUUUAAAGUACUGAAUAUGAAGGCUGUUAGAGUAUUUUCGUUUUUAUAGAGUUAUGCCUUAGAUGAUGAUUCCAUCAAAUAAUUAAUGUGCAAUCCUAUUUUGUUUUUAUUUAAUGUAAACCUGCAGCCUGAUUUGAGUUAAAGGUUAACUUGACCUCAGGUGAAAGAUUACAUGGAAGCUGCUUGUUUGUAGUGUUCCCUUUUGCAUUUGAUCGAACUCGGCAGGUUUAUGCCCAGAUAGUCUGAUCCAGCAAGGUUCACCAGUAACUGACAGGCUUGUGCAUAUGGAUUAUGCUUCCUAUUGUAGCUGUGCUUAUGCAGCAGGAUACUAUUGGAUAAACCCUGCAUACACUUCACACUAAACUGACAAUUGGUACUUUCAGUUCUCAUAGUACUAGUAAUCAUCUAUUUGGGGAGGGGGGACUGGAUCCACCUAAGCGGUGAUCAGCAAUGUGAAACAGCACUGAUAGUAGUCAGAGGAAUUUGAGGGAACUUCCAUGUUCAGAAGCAGUGUAGCUCUGAGAUGACACACUGAUGAUAAACAGCUAUGAACUUCAUCCUCUGUAUGCAGACUUCUCUGAAGAAUGUGACUGGCCACUGUUGGAUUGGCUAAGUGGACCCUUGGUCUGAUCCAGCAGAGUUUUUCUUAUGGUCUAAUUUCUGCAGUGGAGUUGAAUCACUGUAGUUACACCAUUGCAGGGGAAUUUCUGGAUUGAACUUGUAGUUAAUGUUAAUUAACAUUAAAACAAAAUAUAUAAGGAAAGCUGGAAUGACUACUGUCUCUGACAUAUUUUAAGAGUGUUUUUUUUAAUGAGUACCAGUGUUUUCUAGUUUUAUAAUACUGGGAUAAAUCCAGCUGUUCUGCUCAACAAACAUUGAAGCCUUCCUCCACUCUAAGGACCCUUCCUUUAAUUUAACAGUGCAAUCCUAAGAACACUUUCCUGAGAGUAAGCCCAUUGGAUAGGCCGCCUGGGUAAGGUUAUGAGUAGUCUUGAUUGGGAUUGCUAUCACAGUGGCUGAUUCUGUCAUGGAAGAACCACUUAAGCUGUAGAAAGGCUUCAAACUCAGCAGAGCAGAGUAACUGGAUCUGGGGGUGGGGUGGGGAUCUCAGUGGAAAAUCCCAGGAUUUCUCAUCACCACCUUCCUGAAAUAAUGUAUUUGAAGCACUUAAUGAAGAUAGUUCCAGGUGGUCAGCCAUGUUAGUCUGAAGCAGUAGAACGAAUUUAAAGUCCAG